AGCGCGUUCCUGGGCGCGCUCGACUAUGUCACCGCGUGCCGCCUGCGGCCGGAGGAGGCGCUGCUGACCACCAAGUCCCUGGUGCCCUGGAACCAGCGUGGGCUGCUGCGGACCGUGCUGCGGGAGGAGGCCCACAAAAUGCUGCUGCGAUCGCGGGCUCUGGGCUGCCGGGGCCGGGCCGAAGCCACGCGCGGGCCCGGGGCGCAGGAAGGGGACGCGCUUGGUGUGCACCAGCUGGCCACGCUGCUGGUAGAGCUGGACCCAGAGGAUGAAGCCUCAUGCCUCCUGGUGGCUGACGCCCUAUACCGCCUGGGCCGCCUGGACGACGCCCACAGGUCCCUGCUGGUGACCCUGUCCCGGAGGCCCCAGGCGGCAGCAGUGCUGGUACGGCUGGCCCUGCUGCAGCUGCGCAGAGGAUUCUCCUUUGAUGCCAACCAACUGGUGAAGAAGGUGGUCCAGACUGGGGACACGGCCUGCCUCCCGUCCACACUGGACAUCUACAGCCAUGAGGACCGGCAGCUGCUGCAGGACCACUGCCACGCGCGGGCCCUGAGCAUCCUGCGAGCGCGGGCUUCUGGGGCAAACAGCAAGGCCCACACCCGGGAGGCCAUCGCCUACCUGUCUCUGGCCAUCUUUGCUGCAGGGCGUGAAGCCAGUGAGCCCCUCCUGGUCCGGGCCCGCUGUUACGGGCUCCUGGGCCUGAAGAAGACUGCCAUGUUCGACUUCAACUCCGUGCUGCGGGCCGAGCCUGGGAACGUACAGGCCCUGUGUGGACGUGCCCUCGUGCACCUGGCCCUGGACCAGCUGCAGGAAGCAGUGGACAAUGUCGCCUCAGCCCUGAGACUCGAUCCAGGGGCCGUGGUCACUGAGCUCCGCUCUCUGAAGCCAGAAGCCCAGCAGCGGUUCACUCAAGGCCUCCACGCCCACUGCCGGGCCCUCUUGAGCCAGCUGCUGGACACCAGGACAGCCCUUGCAGACGAGGAAGCUCAUGGCCUCCUUGCCAUGGGAGACGCACUGGCCACAGUGGAUGCUGCACAGCCAGCCUGGCAUAUCUUCCUCACAGACAUCCUCAUGGCGCUGGGCAGGUAUGAGGAGGCUGGCGCCCACCUGCAACCAGCCCUACAGGCCUCCCCACCAUCAGCAGCAGCCAGGGCCCGGAGGGGCUUGCUCCAGAUCAAGCAAGGGGACGUGGCCACCGCUGCUCAGGACCUGCAGUGCCUGGCAGAGACAGAUGCCCGGGACCUCAACUUCCUGCUCCGUCUUGCGCAGCCCUCGGAGCGGCAGAGCCUCACCCAGGUCGCGGCCCAGGAAGCCAGCAACCUCUUGGCCACUGGGCAGCCCGGGCAGGCGCUAGGCUACUGCUCACUGGCCGUCCUGGCUGGGGGCAGCCUUACCUGUCACCUGCGUCUACGGGCCACCUGCCUGAGCGAACUGCAGCAGUAUGGCCGGGCCCUCAGAGACCUGGACCGAGUGCUACAGGAAGGUGCGGGGGAUGGUGGCCUGUCGGGACAGGCAGAGGACUUCUGCUUCAGGGGCCGCCUGCUGCUAGGCCUGAGGGACAAGGAGGGGGCCGCCGGGGCCUUCGCCCGGGCCCUCGAGCUGUCACCUGCGCUGGCCCGGCGCAGCCUGCGGGAGCGGCCAGGUCAAGCCCCUACUGCCCGCGUGUUCCUGCAUGUUGGGCAGCGCUGCCUGGAGGAACAGCGCUACGAAGAAGCCUGGACAGCGGCCCGGAGUGGCCUCCUGGUGGACCCCGAGCAUAGUGGCCUGAAGAAGCUGAAGGCUAGAACCCGGAGAGACGCACCCUCCAGCUGCCGGCUGCACUGAUGCAGCCAUCCUCUGCCCGGCCUGACCAUAGGGACCCCGCUUUCUUCACCUUGGGGUGAAUGCAGCAGCUCCCAGAGCACUGAGCUGCCCUCCUGGCCAGCCGCCCACCAGCCCCAGCAGUCAGCCCACCCCUUUCCUUAGGAAUUAAGGGCAGAAGGGGAGAGCUUCCCCGUGGCCAGAGCCCUGCCCCCCUGGUGCUCAGCCCCUACCAAGCAGGCAGCCUUGGGUGCCCAUGGCCCAGGCUGUGCAGCUCACUGAGAUCUGGCCCAGACCGGGGAUCCUGAGGUGGCACCUGGGCAGCCCGUGGCCCUGGGGGAAAAUGUGCCAGUACGGGGCCGGGGAGAUGGCUCAGG